AAUCAGUCCGCUACGACGAACGCGCCCAGUUCUUGCAUUUUGUUCGAGAUCAGACAAGACCAGUUAACGCGAAUGCAUGUAUUUCCGCAGUCAAACGCAGUGCUUCAUAUGCAGUCCAACCGAGCUAGUGUGUUAUGAUUCGGGCAGAUGUGCGGGCUACUGAAACUCGGUCGAAAAGAUGUGUAAUUGAAGUACAGAUCUCCAAGCAAGGUACAGCGAGCUAGCCGUGAUCUGUUCGCGGCUCUCCAGCUUCGGAAAUAGAUCCUUGGUGCAGAACACCACGCCAGUAACAACAACGUUCCACAGCCAAUGCAGGAUGGUUUGCCCGCAAUGGAGUUAAGGCAAACUAUGCAGCGUAGUCUCCCAGCGCCAACGUCGCCAUAUCAAAGGCAGGCCUCUGCAGCCGGAUGCAGCAACCUGCCUGCCGGAAGUGAACUACUGUUGUCCCACACACUCCCAACAAGCGGAGUGCGGGUGCGAAGAAAACAUCUUCCCAAUUUACCGACCAUAUGCGAGAAGCUGAGGGCUAUCUUCAAUGUACAGCUGCAGGAGAUUCAGAGUAAAGACGAGCCGCAGUAUCAGCAACAGUUUGCCACCUUUCAGGUGCUGCAAGAAACCAUCGUCGGACCGGGAGCGGCAGUAGGAAGUACUGUCGGAUCAAUCGUCGUUGGCAACGGUGAUCUUUUAUGUCAAAUACAGCAAUUUAUCGACUCAUUAUGCACGAACGAGGCCGAAGACUCCAGCUACGACAGCGACUGCGAAGGAGAGGACAUUUCGCACGAGCAGGUCUCGCGCACCACUAGCGACACGCUUGGGCAGGAGUUUGCGGAGUAUGUGAGCUCAGGAGGAGGAGGUGGUGGUGGUGUAUCGAGCCACCAUCCACAUGGGACGGUGGAUGUGUCCCCAACGACAACGGCCCUUCCGGAGCACUCGCCGGGCUAUCAGCAGCGUGUCGAGUUUGCCCUGAAGCUUGGGUAUACCGAGCGGCUGGUGCAGGCCGCCCUGCAACGACUCGGACCCAAUCCGGCCCAGAACGAGCUGCUGGCGGAACUGAUCAAGCUGGGCUCGCAGCCGGGGGCAAAGUGUGCGAACGAAUUUACCGUCGACCACCACCACCAUGGGCUGGGUGAGUCUGGUGGGGGUUUGGGGACGGAUCUGGGCUCAACAUCGGUCACGUCCGGAACCGGCACCGGAAUGGCCAGCGAAGAAUCUCUGCGCCCGAUCGUGAUAGACGGGAGCAACGUGGCGAUGAGUCACGGCAACAAGGAGGUGUUCUCGUGCCGCGGCAUCCGACUGUGUGUGGACUGGUUCAAGAACCGGGGCCACAAGGACAUAACGGUGUUUGUGCCGAAGUGGCGCAAGGAAAGUUCCCGUCCGGACAACCCGGUCAAGGAUGGCGAGAUACUGAGCGAGUUGGAGAAGGAACGGAUGCUCGUAUUUACCCCCUCCCGGUUGGUGGGUGGCAAGCGAAUGGUGUGUUACGACGAUCGCUACAUCCUAAAGCUAGCUGCAGACAAUGACGGCGUCGUCGUCUCGAACGACAACUACCGCGAUCUAGUGCAGGAGAGCUCCGAGUUCAAGAAGGUCGUCGAAGAGCGCGUGCUGAUGUACUCUUUCGUCAACGAUCGCUUCAUGCCACCGGACGAUCCGCUCGGGCGGUCCGGGCCCACGCUCGACAACUUCCUGCGUGUGCAGCCACGCAAAGGUGACCCCCCGCCGCCCUGUCCCUACGGCAAGAAGUGCACCUAUGGUAAUAAGUGCAAGUUCUACCAUCCGGAGCGGGGCAGCCUACCACACAAAUCCGUUACGGAGCGCCUCUCCGAGUACGCAGCACGGCAUUUACAAGCACGUAGCGGACUAGAAGGGGGUGCUGCUGGGGCGGCUGGUGCAGGUGGUUCCGGCCGCUGUGCGGUCCAAGGAAAAUCACUCAGCGUUCCUCUGAGCAACAGCAGCAGCGAGACUAGUCCAAUCAAUGAUAAACGAAAAGCAUUAUGCCGCACACGAUCAAACAUACCUUCCGAGAGCAGCGGCAGCCUAGCGUACGGUGGUGGCAUUAACCUUGGCACACCGGCGAUGCCGUCCGAUCCGAUGAUGCUCUCACCCCAUCAGGGGCAACAUCCGGCCGUACGGCCUCCACAGCAGUUGCCUUUCCAUGCUCCACCAGGCGCAGUGGCCAGUAAUCGUCCGCUUCCGUGGGAUCAACAGCACCACCUGCAUCAACAGCAUGGCGGCAUGGACGUGCAGCAGAUAUUCCCCAAAUCUCAUAGUAUAGAAAAUAUUUCUAAGGAACCGUACGUCCAUCACGCCGCCCCCGGGAUACAUCACGCUGGCUGCUACCCAGGGUCGCAGGCGGCUAUGUGGCCCCGAGGUCACCAACCUUCCUCCGCCCAACAGCAGCAGGCCAAUCAAGGAGCAUUGACCGGCGGUGCAGGAGGAGGAGGAGGCGGUGGAGGUCUUGUCUCGCAGACGUCGUCAUCGAGCCUCGAUCAAUCCGAUCCGAAUGGGCUAGCGCACGAUGGCGUGAAUCUUCACCGGAAGUUGCACCGUCAGCUGACACUUAACCCGGCCGGUUGCGAUCCUCGAAUCUAUCAGAUGCAGCGAAUGCAGCAACAAUCUUCCCCACAGCAACCCGGUUCACCGCAGCAACAACAGCAGCAGCAGCAGCAAUCGUCCCAUGCCGCUGGAGCGCCACAACUCUCGCCACAUAGACCUCUUGCGCCUUCCCUCAGUGGAGGGUCACGUCCGUCGCCUCCAACGCAAUGGGAACUGCAUCAGCAUGUGCAACGCAUUGCCUCGGCUCCGGACUCCGUGCGACCCUGGGGACAUAAUGGGCCCCCGCCAGCUUCAUCCUCGGAGCCGCAUAUCAAUCUCGGCUGGUCGUCCAACCCAGCAGUCGCUCCGGCCACCAAUCACUCCCAGCAACACCAACAGCAACAACAACAGCAACAUCACCAGCAGCAGCAGCACGAUCGGCGUCGCUUGCAUUACCAUCUGGCCAGUAUCUUCCCGGAGGAGCAGGUGCAAACAGUCAUGCAGAUGUACCCGGAGGAAACGGAUGCGCAAACGAUCUGCGCCGCCAUCUUGACCAUGUUUAAGAAGAUGUAAAUUUCAUCGGGGAAAGACGGGGCGAGUAGAGUAGAGAGAAAAAAAAGCGAAAGGCGGAAGGAUGGAGAGACCCCUUUCAUCGAAUCCAUUGGAAUACUCAAACACUCCAAAUAGUGUUAGGAACCAUUUUUGUCCAGCCAUUGCUUCAUCCAGCAUGAAGAAUGCAUCUGCAAUGGGUCGCGCGCUAUACUAUUUUAUUUUAUUUACAUUUAUCUCUACUGUCUCUCAUCUGAUGUUAUUAUUAUUUUAUUAUUAUUAACUUCUUACGGUGAAACGCGAUAAGUUGUGCAAAGGCAAACGAGAUGGACGUGUAUUGUUGUAAAAAAAAAUCCAUUCGACAAAGUGUAGUACCGCUCUAAGCGGAAUUGUAUAGAGAAGGGAAGGAAAAUACCUUCUUUUUUAACGUUAAAAUAUAUAUUACACAAGAGGAAAGAAAUGAAGUACAUUGAAAAGCAUAGGGAAGCAGCAAAUGAAGUGAACGCAAAUUAACUGAACGCGAAAUCUCAAACGACAUCAUUUUCUUUUCCCAUUCACCUUCUUCCUCCAGAAGGAAGUCAUAAAGGGUCGCUUGAAAGAAUGGGGAAAAAAUAGAAAAUCGAAUUAGAGAGGAGUUUAGGGGCGCUGCAUUAAAAACGACACACAUUUCUUUCAACUAUUAAACCAUUUACAAUUUUAUGAUAUAACCACUUCCAACAAAAAUGAACAAACAUCCUAUCUAUUUAAACUUCCUGUUACAAAACCUGUUUAAUCUUCACCACAAGACCUAAGGUGUGGUGAGGAUCGGAAUGUUUUCUCGCUAAUGUCUCAUUUCUUCGAUCUUCCCAUGGGUUGGAGUCGUCCGACAACGUGCAAUAGGGUGAAAUAUGUAGCUGUGCAAGAGGCAUUUUGUCGAGAGGUGGGCGGCCAACAAAUGCUCUUAGAAUGCUUAGCAUAAAGCGAUGAUAUGGUAUGUGUUGUGUCCUUAGGCGCAGAAGUGAAGAACAAAGGACAAGGAAGAGAAAGUGUGUGGAACAUUGUUCCGCAGCGAAUGCGAAACAGCAGGACACGGGAACGGACGGGUUGGCAGAUUUUUCGAUCGUUAGGAGAAGCAUAGUAUUUCUUCACUUCAUAUUGGAGUAUGGUUUUGUAGUUGUAACAAAUAAGAUAAUAAACGGAAACGCUUACA